AUUUGCAACUGGACUUCCGGUACCCGCCGAUACCGCGCACGAGCCAUGUUCAGAAAACAAACAAACCCGUGAGCUACCGGGGUCUCUUAAGAGAGGGAGUUAUGUGUAUCGAUGCUGCUGAUGAGACCGUCUGUUAGACGAAAUGAAGCAGCUGCCUGCAGAAACUGUGCGAUUGCUGUCGAGCUCUCAGGUCAUCACCUCUGUGGUCAGCGUGGUCAAGGAGCUGGUGGAGAACUCACUGGACGCCGGUGCCUCGAGCGUCGACGUGAAGCUGGAGAACUACGGGCUGGAUCGCAUAGAGGUGAUAGACAAUGGAUGUGGAAUCAAAGCUGCCGAUGCUCCAGUGAUGGCCGUCAAGCAUUACACCUCCAAGAUCUCUUGUCACAGUGACCUUGAGCGCCUGGAGACCUAUGGGUUCCGGGGAGAGGCUCUGGGAUCAAUUUGCGCUGUGUCUGAGGUCAUCCUGACCACAAAAACAGCUGAUGACAAUGUCAGUACCCAGUACACACUGGACCACAAUGGGAGCGUCACGUCCAGGAAGCCGUCUCAUCUUGGCCAGGGUACCACGGUGAGCGUCUUCAAGCUCUUUAAGAACCUCCCGGUGAGGAGGCAGUUCUACUCUAGUACUAAGAAGUGCAAGGAGGAGCUGAGGAAGGUGCAGGAACUGCUAAUGGCCUACGGCAUCAUCAAGCCAGCUCUUAGAGUACUACUGACACACAACAAGGCGGUGGUCUGGCUGAAGGCCAAGGCAUCGGAUCACCGAACAGCCCUGAUGGCGGCAUUGGGAACCAGCACUGUGGCUUCCAUGGUGCCUCUCCAGCAUCGGCAGGAGCAGCCAGAGAUCGUUCUGGAAGGAUUCUUCCCCAAACCUGGCUCUAACCCCAGCCUGAUGAGCUCCACUACACCUGACCGCACGUUCGUGUUCAUUAACAAUAGACCUGUCCACCACAGAGACAUUCUCAAGCUGCUGAAGCGACAGUACGGGGCCCAUGUUGGCGGGGAAGGAGCCCCCAGCCGCUACCCUGCGCUCCUGUUGAGUGUCACUGUCACUGCCUCUGCCGUCGAUGUCAACCUCACCCCUGACAAGACCCAAGUGAUGCUUCAGUGCAAGGAAGCUGUUUUAUUGGCCCUGGAAUCCAUGCUGACAUUACUCUAUUGCGCGGAGUCCAGUGGGCCGCCCCCUGUUGUCCCAAAAGAUCCUGACUGCAGAGUGGAGGAAGGUCCCGUGUGCCAAACCACCGCUGACUGUCCGAGGCCCCCUGGGGUUGAUGACAUGGCCCAGGUCACACCAUCGGACCAGCAUUCUGAGUGCGAGAAACCUGUGAGCGAAAACACCGCCAGCAGGUCGGCAAACACGAGUUCCUCGUCCUCGUCAGAGGACUGGGUCAUCAACAGCUCAUGCAGCUUUGAGCUGAACCUAUCUCUGACUGGCGAGGAUGGCAUCACGAAUGUCACCGGGGUGUCAGAGCCAGACCUGGAGGACCGACCCAAACCAGGUCGGAACAGCAGUAGCUGUGUCCCUGAGGUCUCCCCUGCGAGCUGGAGUAUGGGCCGUGGGCUGCUGGACCCGGACACGGGGCAGGCCGUCUCGCCCGUGAGGGUCCAUGUUCCAGCACCGGAACCUAAGAAGGCGGCCAAGCUCACAGCCUAUGACCUGAUCAGCAACCGCACUGUGCGCCAGCCCCUAUCGGCCAGCGCCAUGUUCGAGCAGGAGAACCGGGCUGCUGUCCAGCGGGAGAAGCCCGAUGCCAGCGAGCAGGACAUGAGCACCGCCCUGGAGGAGAGAUGGAAGAACCUGGGGGUGCAAGAAAGGAAGAAGUAUGAGGAGAAGGCUGAAAAGGACCUACUGCGCUAUCACCUCCAGUCAAACCAGGCUGUAGAGAGAGGCAGCUCAGAAAAGCAUCCAAAGCCAUCGCCUCCUGCUGGUCCAGGCCAGAAACGCAAGGCCUCUCUGUCAAACCAGCAGAUCCUGGACCAGCUGUUCUUUCAACCUCCCAGUAAGAAGAAGCCCCCUCCAGAGAAGCGGUCUAUCCCAGUCACUUUCAGCCUGGCGGCACUGAGGCAGAGGCUGAUCAGAACCACAAUGGACCGCAGGAUCGACUCAGAUACAGGGGGGGUGCAGCUCGUGGGCCGCCUGCCCUCGCACAGCACCUGGGUCAUCCUGCGCGGCUCCCAGCUCCUGCUGCUGGACCCGUCCCGCAUAGAGGAGGUGCUACUCUUCACCAAACUGCUGGAGACCAACAUCAUCCCCACCCGCCUGCUGGACGCCCCGGUCACCCUAACUGACAGUGUCCUGGGCGACCCAGCAAACAUGAGGGCUCUGUGCAGCAUGCAGAAGGACCCUCCCGAGUUCAGCGGGGCCACCUACUUUACCGACCCCAGGCUCGUGGCCAAUGGCUUCCGGAUCCGGCAGAUCCCUGGCCCUCUGUCCUCAGAGCCGCAGCUGGAAGUGGCCGCGAUGGCUGACUGCAUCCCUUGCUUCGGCGUAGCCGACCUCAAGGAAAUUUUGAGGGCUGUGGUCGAGAGGCACGUGGCGAACGUGAAGGAGUGCAGGCCUCUCAAGGUCUGCAGCUACCUGGAGGGAGAGGCAGUGCGCCUUGUGCGGCAGCUUCCCCUCUGUUUGUCCCGGGAGGACGUGAGGGACACCCUGUCUCGGCUGGACCGGCAACUGGGCACCACACGCCACACCUGCCUGCAUGGACGCCCAUUCUUCCAUCCACUGGCCAAGGUUCCAGAGAUGGAGCAGGAUGCCCCCACGAGUUGCUGAGCUGGAUGGGAGAGUUGGCCUCCUUCUCACCCGUCCUGCUCCUACUCUCACUGAACUUGAAACUGAAAGCCUUAUUUGAUGGUUUCUCAUUAAAAAAAACGUUGUUUUAAUUCUAUUGAUGAAUAAUUUUUUUCUAUGCACUGUAUUAAUGUCCAGAUUUAUUAAAUGUCCAUUAAUAAAUUACAAUUUUGUGAAUCGCCUUCAGUAGCCAUCGUCAUGAGCUUGACAUCAGAAUGGCAGCUCUCCGCUACUCAUGCAGGGCCCACAGAACUGUACUAGACUGCCUUUUCUCACAGGGGCAGCUAAAGAUGUCCUGAAUUGCCAUAAUCUAGCAGCAUGACCCCAAAGCCAAGGGGGAGGGGGAUGGGCAGAGCUGUUGACUUUGGCAAAGCCCUUAAGAUGAAGCGGCUAGCUGGACUCACUGUCCAGCAGCACGGAGCACCUGUUCCCAUAAGCACUCUCCUAAGGACACCAAUGCAAUGUCUGAAAUGAGACAGUCAAAUUCUUGUGCUUGGGCAGGCUCCAGCAACUGUUUAUGUUUACGCUGGAUUUUUUGGAGCAGAGUUGCUGUUUUCACUCACUCAAAUCAGCCAAGACAGGCCUCAGAUGAGGAAGUGGUCCCAAAAACCCCUACGCAUUGAAGGGAAUUGGCGUCCACAUUAUUAUGGUUAGUCAUGAUGUCACAGAUUAACAUUCGGAAAGGUGCUUCUUUUUUAAUCAAGGGAUGUGAUGGAAUUAAAAUCACAGUAGAAAAUCAAUGCAAAAAUUGUCAGAAAAUAAAUAAAAUUGACAAACUAUAAAGGCAAAGAAAUUGCUACAAGUCACUUAAGCAACAACAAUGCUUCGAGCCGAGGAGCUCGACCCAUGGUCAGCGAUUAAGUACCAAUAUUAUUUACUGCUGUAAUGCACUUGUGCUCCAGUCAUACUUAAUCUGCUUAAAUAAGAUUGUAUGUAAAUAUGGGUUUAAUAAUCAGUAAAUACUAAUCUAAAUUAAUAAAAGAAUGGCUGUUAUUACCAAA